CUCAUUCCUGCUCGCGUCCGGACCUGCGGUGGGCAGUCUGCAGAGGUGGCUGGAGCGAGCUGCGAUGACUUCCAGCGUGUCUUUUGCCAGCUUCAGGUUUCCAUGGCUCCUCAAGACAUUUGUCAUCAUGGUAGGACUUGCCACUGUUGCAUUUAUGGUGAGAAAGGUGUCCCUUACAACAGACUUCAGCACCUUCAAGUCAAAGUUUCCGAAGCCUGCGCCGGUUGACCCAGUGCUGAAACUUCUACCAGAGGAGCACCUGAGGAAGCUCUUUACCUACAGUGACAUCUGGCUCUUUCCCAAAAAUCAGUGUGACUGUAACUCUGGCAAACUGCACAUGAAAUUUAAGUUUCAGGAUGCCUAUAACCAGAAGGACCUUCCAGCUGUGAAUGCCAGAAGACAGGCGGAAUUUGAGCACUUUCAGAGGAGAGAAGGGCUGCCUCGCCCACCAUCUCUGCUGGCUCCACCCAAUCUCCCCUUCGGAUACCCAGUCCAUGGUGUGGAGGUGAUGCCCUUGCACACAAUUCUCAUCCCAGGCCUCCAGUAUGAAGGGCCAGAUGCUCCAGUCUAUGAGGUCAUCCUGAAAGCUUCUCUGGGGACAUUGAACACCCUUGCUGAUGUGUCAGACAAUGAGGUUCAGGGCAGAGGCCAGAGGCAGCUGACCAUUUCCACCAGAUAUCGGAAGGUCCUGAAUUUCAUCCUUCAGCAUGUGACGUACACCAGCACAGAGUACUAUCUCCACAAGGUGGACACAGUAAGUAUGGAAUCCGAGACAUCAGUGGCCAAGUUUCCAGUGACUAUCAAACAACAGACUGUACCCAAGUUGUAUGACCCUGGACCUGAGAGGAAGCUCAGAAACCUGGUGACCAUUGCCACGAAGACUUUUCUCCGUCCCCACAAGCUUAAGAUCCUGCUUCAGAGUAUUCGAAAAUAUUACCCAGACAUCACCGUGAUUGUAGCUGAUGACAGCAAGGAGCCCCUGGAAAUUAAAGAUGACCACGUGGAGUACUACACCAUGCCCUUUGGGAAGGGCUGGUUUGCUGGGAGGAACCUGGCCAUCUCACAGGUGACUACUAAAUACGUCCUCUGGGUGGACGAUGAUUUUCUCUUCAUCGACAAGACCAAGAUUGAGGUACUGGUGGAUGUCCUGGAGAAAACCGAACUGGAUGUGGUGGGCGGCAGCGUGCAGGGGAAUACUUACCAGUUCAGGCUGCUGUAUGAACAGACCGAGAAUGGGAGCUGUCUUCACCAGAGGUGGGGCUCAUUCCAGGCCCUCGACGGCUUCCCUGGAUGCACGCUGACCAGCGGUGUGGUGAACUUCUUCUUGGCUCACACGGAAAAAGUGCAAAGAGUUGGGUUUGAUCCCAUCUUACAACGAGUGGCCCAUGGAGAGUUCUUUAUUGAUGGGCUGGGGACACUGUUGGUGGGCUCUUGCCCGGGUGUGAUUAUAAACCAUCAAGUAAGAACACCACCAAAGGAUCCAAAGCUGGCUUCCUUGGAGAAGACUUAUGAGAAAUACCGGGCCAACACCAAUUCUGUGAUCCAAUUCAAGGUUGCACUCCAGUACUUCAAGAACCAUCUCUACUGCUCCACUUAAAAAGUACAAAGACCAGGAAUCGCAAUAAACAGAUUAGCGGCGGACAACAAAAAAAUAGUAGGAUUGGACAUUGAAGGGUACCAAAAGCAGACUCCUAACAAGGGGGACAGGGAACAAAGUAGCUGGAAGCUGGAGCUAGGGUAGGAGCCCGAAGUCGGCUCAGGACCCCCAAGACCAAAUUCUCAGCACAGAGAUUUAUCUGCCCUAGAGAGGGAAAGGGCAGGGAAUGAGACAAAGACAAGGGCUGGAAGGUGGUGGGGCACAUCUUUAAUCACAGCACUCCGGGGGCAGAAGCAGGUGGAUCUCUGCG